AUGGCUGGACUUAUAAACUUCGAGGAUGAGAAUGAAGUUAAGCAGUUUUUGGACAAUUUGGGAGUGGAGUACAGUUUCCAAUGCUACAAAGAGAAGGACCCUGAAGGUUGUCAAAGGCUCGCGGACUAUUUGGAAGGGGUGAAGAAAAACUUUGACUCUGCAGCACAAGUGCUCAAACACAACUGUGAGACUAACGGACACGGAGAAAGCUGCUAUAAACUGGGAGCUUACCAUGUCACUGGGAGAGGGGGAGUCACAGAGUGUCUGAAGACGGCUUAUUCCUGCUUUCUACGCUCCUGCAAUGGUGGUGGAAAAAAAUCCGUUGAUGCCUGCCACAACGUUGGUCUGUUGGCUCACGAUGGGCGAGCUAUGGAAGGAGGCCCCGACCACGUUUUAGCUCGGCAGUACUAUGAGAAGGCCUGCGAUGGCGACUUUGCCCCCUCCUGCUUUAACCUCAGUGCCAUGUUCAUCGAGGGUAGUUCUAAGGGGCCGGCACCAAAUAUGAAUCUAGCUCUGAAGUAUGCCAACAAAGCUUGUGAGCUGGGACACGUGUGGGGCUGCGCUAAUGCAAGUCGCAUGUACAAACUUGGGGACGGGACUGAGAAGGAUGAGAAGAAAGCAGAGGAGCUGAAGAAUCGAGCGAGGCAGCUGCACGGUGAACAAAAGGAGCGGCAGAUUAAAUUUGGAGAGUGA